AUGGAUCACCAUGUCCUUUCACUCCUCACCAUCUCUAUCUUCUUCUUCUUAGCUAUCUCUCCACAAUCCCACUGCCAAGAAGAAGGAACCGAUUGUAGCAGACCAUACACAUGCGGAAACGUGUCCAACAUUUACUACCCUUUCUGGGGUCAGAACCGACCCAGUUACUGCGCCAGCAGUAAGCAGUUAAAGCUCAACUGUGAAGAAGAUAACCAAACAAAAUUUCAAUUUGAGUCGCAGAAUUUCACAGUGCUAAGGAUCGAUACAUUGCAUGACACCAUGAGGUUGGUUCGAACAGACAUUGUCUAUGACGAUUGUGGGAAGAACUUUACGUGCAAGAAUGAUAGAACUGAGUUUGGUUUUUAUGCUGAGAUGACAGAAGAGUUGUCGGCGAAGUUUCCUGAGCUUGAGAGAUGCGAGCGCCGUAUCCAUGUGCUGAUUUUCAGAGAAUUUUGGGUGGAGUCUGAUGGUGGAAUAGACUCACUCCAAGAAGCUGCUUCUCAUGGGUUUGACGUUUACUAUAGUGGUGGUGGUGGAUUGUGCAGAUCUAUGGACACUCCUGAGAAUGCUUUGCAUUGCGUGCUUCCCAUUCCUAGUAUCACCGUCGCAAACUCCAACGCCAAUGCCAACACCAAUACCAACACCAUCGCCACCUUCAACGCCAAUGUCAACACCAUCACCCCCACCACCUUCAACGGCAAUGCCAACACCAACACCAUCAUCACCUCUUACUCCUUCUCCGUCAAACACCCCAGGCAAUAA